ACAAUAGGGAAGGGUAAAAUAGUAACACCAAAACCCAAACCCUAGUACUUGACCAAAAAAAAAAAAACCAAAACCCUAGUAGAUCACUUGUAUCCUGCGCCGCUUUGUUGUCUCCUCCAAGCUCUCCUACCCUCCUCUGAAACUCCAACCUCCAGCUUGAAUUUCGAUAGUACAGAAACCAUGGCCGCUGCUGAUGUAGCUACUCCUGCAUUGGAACCAACGCAGCCGUACUAUGAUGUCAAGCUCUUCAACCGCUGGAGCUUCGACGAUGUCCAGGUCAGUGACAUUUCACUGGCAGAUUACAUUGGAGUUGCACCUUCCAAGCAUGCAACUUAUGUACCUCACACUGCUGGAAGAUACUCGGUCAAACGAUUCAGGAAAGCUCAGUGCCCUAUUGUGGAGAGGCUUACAAACUCACUCAUGAUGCACGGGAGAAACAAUGGAAAGAAACUUAUGGCUGUCAGGAUCAUUAGGCACGCGAUGGAAAUUAUCCAUUUGCUAACUGAUCUGAACCCAAUCCAAGUUAUUGUUGAUGCUGUCGUUAACAGUGGUCCACGUGAAGAUGCAACUCGUAUUGGAUCUGCUGGAGUUGUUAGGCGUCAAGCUGUGGAUAUCUCACCUUUGAGACGUGUAAAUCAGGCUAUCUAUCUCCUCACAACUGGUGCUCGUGAGUCUGCUUUCAGGAACGUCAAAACUAUUGCUGAGUGUUUGGCUGAUGAGCUUAUUAAUGCUGCCAAAGGCUCCUCUAACAGUUAUGCAAUCAAGAAGAAGGAUGAGAUUGAAAGAGUUGCCAAGGCUAACCGUUAAGAGGCUGCGAGAAAAAUUUAUGCAGGGGAGGAGAAUUUUGUACGCGUAUUUGUUUUUUGCCCAUUAUUUAGAAUUUUUCGGAUAUACCCUUGAAUGCGAGACAUGUCUCUGUUCUUUUAUGUUACGAAACCAGUCAUCUGUUAGUUUGGAUCCUGUAAUUUUAUACCGUUGGAUGCGGUUGAUUUGAUCCCUUAUUCAAAUUAUGCAAUCUCAUAGACACUCUACACA